CGUGUGAAGACCCCGAUAAGAGGCACCAGCCCACGCCUCCUUGACACCCAAGACCAAGAGACCGGAGCUAGCUAUCAGAUAGACCGGUCGAUUUCCAAAGGGAGGGGAAGAGAGAGGGAGAGCUGGGAAUAGUUUGUGAAGUGAGGGGAUGCCAGGGAGCGUGGCGCCGUUGGACCUGGAGGGGGUGACGGUACCGUAUCACUACCGGUGCCCGAUCUCGCUGGAGUUGAUGCGGGAUCCUGUCACCGUGUGCACUGGCCAAACCUAUGACCGGCCGAGCAUCGAGUCAUGGGUGGCGACCGGGAACACGACGUGUCCCGUUACCCGCACGCCGCUUACCGACUUCACUCUUAUACCGAAUCACACUCUGCGCCGCCUCAUCCAGGAGUGGUGCGUUGCUCACCGCUCGCUUGGGGUGGAGCGGAUCCCGACACCGAAGCAGCCGGCCGAUCCGAGCCUUGUCCGGCUCCUCGUCUCCCAGGCCUCCGCCGGGGAGCCCGGCACUCGCGCCGCCGCGCUCCGGCGUCUCCGUUCGCUCGCGCGGGAGAGCGAUAAGAAUCGGACGGUGAUCUCCACACACGAGACCCGCUCGGCGUUGAUCGAGAUCGCGUUCGAGGAUCCGGAUCCGGAUCUGGGGCUGGAGGCGAUACGGGUGCUGGCGAUGUGCUCGCUGACGGAAGGGGAGAGCGCGGAGGUGGCGGGGCGGCCGGAGAGGCUGAGGAGAUUGGUGGAGGUGAUGAGGGAGCACCCGGCGAUGGAGGCGCGGAUCAGCGCGGCCGCGGUGCUGGAGGCGGUGGCGGCGGGGGCGCGUUCGGCGGAGGCGCGGGCGGCGGUGGGGGCAACGGAGGGGGUGAUGGAGGGGCUUGUGGGGCUGGUAGAAGAGAAGGGGAGUAGUGCGCGGGCGGUGCGGGUGGGGAUCCGGGGGCUGUUCUCCCUGUGCCUGGCGAAGGAGAACCGAGGGCGGGCGGUGGCUGCGGGAGCGGCGGCGGCGGUGGUGAGGCGGAUCGUGGACCUAGCGGCGGAGCGUGGGGACGCGGAGCGGGCGCUGGCGACGGUGGAACUGCUGUGCCGGACAGAAGGUGGAAGGGAGGCGGUGGUGGCGGGGGCGGGGGGCGGGGCGGCGGCGGUGGAGGCGCUGGUGAGGGCGAUGGCCGGGAAGGCGUCGGAGAGGGCGGCGGAGCACGCGGCGGGGGCGCUGGUGGCGGUUGUCGGAGGGUCAGAGUGUCUUCAGAGAGAGGCGGUGGGGGCCGGGGUGGUGACUCAACUCCUCCUAAUGGUGCAAGGGGGGUGUUCGGACCGCGCCAAGAGAAAGGCUCAGGUCCUCCUGAAGCUUCUCCGGUCGGCGUGGCCUCACGACGACUACAUCGCCAACUCCGACGACUUCCUACAGCCUUUCUAAAACUCUGUUAAUUCACAAUUAAUUUCUUCCUUCUUUCUUUCUUUUGUUAAUUUUGAGAUAAUUAAGUCGAUAUUAUUCCUUAUUUCCAUUAAUCGAUGGGGGUAAAGAGACACGGAGCUGAGAUUAGAGGGGAGUGGAGUGGGGAGUUUGUGUAUGUGGGCAUAAGAGUGGCGUUUGUAUUGUGGAAUGGAUGGUCUGGGAUUUGGAGAGUGUAUGUAUGGUUUUGUAUGCAUGGAUUUGGAUUUGGAUUUGGAAAGGAUGGAUAGGUAACUUGACUUCAAUUGCGAUGCUA